GAGGUUGUGCCAGUGUCAGUGGCGUUCCUCAUUCUUGACUAACCAAACAACACACAGUGAGAUGAGGCGGACAACAUUCACAAACACCAGUACUCCGGCGUUUCUUUUCCAUCAUGCUGACACAGAACGCGCGCAUUUGGUGUUGUUUUGAAGCUUGAUAUUAUUUGGUGACCCGCAAUUCCUCCGCUCUCCUGCGUAUCUGUGAACAAAUGUGCAUUUUUUGCACGUGUUAGAUACAGAUUGUUUGACGCGAGCUGGAUAAGUGAGAGAAGUUAGGAACCGGCGGUGCUUUUUAACUUGUUGCGCGGUGAUGCAAGUGUCCUCUUGCGCAAGAGAAUGAUUCAUGAGCCAGUUAUUAUACAUAGCAUUUGUUCUUCGAGCUGUGUGACUGGUAAAAGUUGCUUUAGGAUGGGCUCAAGGAACGAGAUCCAUUCUCAAUCUGCCGUACAGCCUGCGCAAUUAAGUUAAAUUGGACUACCGGAGCUACCCACAUCCACAGACCCAUAUCAAGAGUUGGAUGUGGAUGUUCUUGGGUUCAAAUACAGAGUGAAAUAAUACUGAUUUCCCAACAACUAAUCCUGAUACUGGAGAUGUCGGAGUCCUACGAGGACGGGGUGUGCGGGGAUGGAGCUCCGGACUUCAUCCCACCGAGAGCGAUUCGAUCAGGCCGGCGGAGUGGACUCGGCGUGCCGCUGGUGGAGCGCGAUGAGGCGGCUCUCCUAGAGUCGGUGAAAGCGGCGCCGAGGAGGAGCAGCAUCAUUAAGGAUCCUUCAGUGGCCAAGGUCAGUGGAGGGAGAAAGAAAACUGUUUCCUUCAGCAGUAUGCCAUCAGAAAAGAAGGUGAGCAGUGCUGCAGAUUGCCUUGCCUUCAUGCAGGGUGGCUGCGAGCUAAAGAAGGUGCGACCCAACUCGCGCAUCUACUCGAGAUUCUACACUCUGGAUCCUGAGCUGGCCUGCCUCCGUUGGGAACCCUCCAAGAAAGAUGGUGACCGAGCUCGACUUGACAUCUCCGCUAUCCGUGAGGUCCGCACAGGGAAAAGCACAGAGACCUUUCUCCACAAUGGCCCAUCUGAUCACCUUGCUGAAGAAGCAGCCUUCUCCAUCAUUCACGGUGACGAGUAUCAGUCCCUGGACCUGGUUGCUCUCUCUGCCGAUGUGGCCAACAUCUGGGUGACAGGGUUGCGGUACCUGUUGUCUCACCCUGGUUCCAUUGGUGGAGGGAGUGGAGGGGAUGGAGGGGUGGGAGAAGGCAGUAUUGGGAACAAAAUGAGGCAGAACUGGUUGGUGGCUGAGUUUGCUCUCGUUGAUGAAGAUGGUCACGGAUUUGUGUCUGAGGACACAGCAGUGGCCACCAUCUGUAAACUCUGCCCUGGCAUUAGGGAAGCAAAGGUGCGAUUGCGCUUUAAGGAGAUUCAGCGGAGCAAAGAGAAGCUAACCUCUCAUGUUACACUGGAAGAAUUCCAGGAGGCCUACUGCGAGUUGUGUACGCGACCUGAUGUCUAUUUCUUGCUAGUGCAACUCUCAAAAGACAGAGAGUGCCUUGAUGCCCAAGACCUGCGUCUUUUCCUAGAGACUGAGCAAGGUCUACCAUUGGCCACCACUGAGGGCUGCUUGGAGCUUCUUCGCCGCUUUGAACCCUCUACAGCUGGGCGUGAACGAGGUCUACUGGGCUUGGACGGGUUUACCCGCUACCUACAGUCAGCUGAGUGCCAGUUAUUAGACCCUGAGCACCAGAAUGUGUGCCAGGACAUGAAGAUGCCCCUAUCUCAUUAUUUCAUCAGUGCCUCCUACCGCUCCUACCUGCUGGAUGACCAAGUGCAUGGCCGAGCUGAUCUUGGGGGUCUCAUUCGAGCCCUGCAGGCUGGCUGUCGGUGUCUGGAGUUUGGGGUUACCGAUGGGCCAGAAGGGGAGCCAUUAUUGGGUGUAGACCAUGGUACAGAUGGAAAGCAUCAUCACCACCACCAUCAUCAGCACCACCAUCACCAUCAUGGUUCUGUUACUUUGCGCAGUGCCCUGGAAGUAGUCAACAAGUAUGCUUUUCUCACCUCCCAGUAUCCUCUGCUGCUGUAUCUAUGCCAGCGUUGCUCACCUUCCCAGCAACGUACUCUUGCACAACACCUAAAAAAAGUUUUUGGACCCAAGCUCUAUACCCCUGAAUCUCUGCCUGUCAGUCUGGGAGGUCGUGCAACCACUUUGCCCUCUCCAGAGCAGCUGAAGGGAAAGGUGCUUCUUGUAGGAAAGAAGCUGCCCCCCGAAGAGGAAGGUUCUGAAGGAGAGGUAUCUGAGGAGGAUGAGGAGAUUGGUGGUGGUGGUCCUCUGGCUGGCAGAAGGAUGACUAUCCCUGGGGAAGAGGAACUGGGGGUGGUUCUUGUUGUUCCCCCGCCCCCACAGCCAAGGCGCCUCCGAUUGCGGCGUGAAUUGUCUGAUCUCGUCGCGGUUGCUCGUAUUGGAAGUCGCAACUUUUAUGCUCACCGGACGAGUGCACAGCCAUCCCAACAGCAUUCCCCCCUCUCCACUCCAUCUACACCAGGUACACCUAUGACCCUUGACCCCCCUUACUGGACCCUGUGCUCUCUUGGGGAGGGAGAGGCAGGACGGCUGGCCAGUGAGAGCCCAGAGGAGCUGGUGAACUUUACCAAGCGCAAUCUAACUCGUGUGCGGCCCAGCUCUGUAAGGCUAGACUCUAGCAACCCAAACCCACAAGGCUACUGGAAAGGAGGUGUGCAACUGGUGGCACUCAACCAGCAGACACCAGGUGCCAUGCUAGACUUGACCCGUGGCCGUUUUAUGCAGAAUGGUGGCUGUGGGUAUGUUCUUCGUCCAGCAGUCAUGCGAGAGGAGGUUUCCUACUUCAGUGCCCAGUCACAAGGCUGCGUGCCUGGUGUACCACCACAAACACUCAGGGUGAAGGUCAUUAGUGCUCAUAGUCUACCCAAGCCACAAGGCUCUGGUGCCAAAGGUGAGGUCAUUGACCCAUAUGUGGUGCUGGAGCUGCAUGGAGUGCCUGCAGACUGCACAGAGCAGAGAACUCGCACUGCUGCCCAGAACCAGGAUGACCCACUGUUUGACGAGACCUUUGAGUUCCAGGUGAACAUGCCUGAACUAGCCCUGCUGCGUUUCGUUGUUCUGGAUGAUGAUUAUAUAGGUGAUGACUUCAUUGGCCAGUACACCAUUGCUUUUGAGUGUCUACAACCUGGAUACCGAAAUGUGCCCCUGCUGGGCCUCGCUGGAGACCCUUUGCCCCACGGCAGCCUGUUUGUACACAUCGCCAUCACUAACCGCAGAGGUGGGGGAAAGGCCCAGAGACGGGGUCUGUCCGUCAGGAGAGGAGCACGGCGUGGACGAGAGUACGUCACUCUGCGUAACACAGGAAUCAAAGUGCUGGAUGACACUUUCCGCCCAGCCAGCGGACCUCUGCGAGAAGCUACAGACCUGCGAGAGGAUGCACUGAGCGCCACAGUGGCUUUUAAAGAGCAGUGUGGGCUCCCCCCGAUGGCCACACUGAAGCAGUGCAUUCAGAGCUUAGCCACGAGGCUGCAGAGUCCAGAUGGGACCCCAUGUGCCACACUCACUCUGAAGGAAGGUUACCCAUGCCUGGAACCGGUGGGAAACUUGACUGAUGCCACUCGUAAACUGCUAAAUGGUUAUGACACGAUCAUCUCUUCCAACAAACAGCUGAUAGAAAAUGCAGAUGGAGUGCAUGAGAGAAUCGCACAAGUGCAGAAGGAAGGAAUGGUGUUUCAUGAAGACCUGGCCAGGUUGGGAGAAAAGGAAAAUCUAAAAGGCCGUAAACAAAGUAAAGCUGUGGAAAGUUUCGCUUGGAACAUCACUGUUCUGAAGACGAAAGGGAGAAAGGCUUCUGUUGUUUUGAAAUUCUAUCUUGCAAACGGUCAGUGUGACCUCCUGCGCAGUGCUAAGCUAGAUGCUUUGGAUACAUUGAGGCAGCUGGCUUUGGCCUGUGAGGUGUCCGGCCUGAUCUUGACCUCUGACGGUCAUUACACCCCUCAUGGCCUGUCCUCCAGACGUGGCAGUAGCCAUGGCAAUGGUCGCAUCUGAGCCCCAGAGACACGCAUAGGCAUUGAGAGAGCAUUUAUUCAUAGGUGAAUGAAUGGUUGAUUGUUGAACAGACAGAGAUACAGGUGUCUCAGAUGGACAGAUGCUAUUCGGGACAUUUGUCCUUUAUUGAAGUGGGUGCUUGUUCUAGCUCAGCAUUGACCAGAUGUUAUUUGAGGACAAAAUAAGGAAUUUUCUUAUCAAGACAUACUGAAUGAAGGACGUAAAAGGAAUUAAAGCGAAUUCCUCAGCGAUAUUAAAUGACUGAUGUCAACAGUGUAGAUUUCGCUGGAAUGAAAAACGUUCCUGCAAUACUCCUUGCAGUUCACAGACUAGAAAUGUUCUUUCGAUGUAUAGAUCUAAAACUGCAACUAAUGUUAAAUACAGAAGACUCAUUAGUCUUUCCCCUAGUUCAUGACAAAACCACCAAGCGUGAGGUUUGUUUACUCAGGUUAGCACAUCUCAGAAAUGCUUUUAGAAGGUCUGACAUUAGUCUGCAUCAUCUUCAGGGCUGUAUCUUCAUCUGUGCUAUCACUCAAAUUGAUUGACAGGUGAUUCCCACCAGCAGGACAGCACCAUUUCUGCCCCCAAGCCCUAGACAGUCCAAAGUGUAGGGUAUAUAACUGGUGCCUCUCCGUUGAAGGCAACCAUAUCCUCAUCUUCCAGUGACACAGAUCGUCUUCAGCUCAUUAACAAUGCAGAAUGAACUCAAGAAGGCUUUGUUAAAAUACUGCUCAGUGCUCCCUAACUGUGUUAACUGAGCCGGUUACUCAAUGGGACGACAAGUACCGAUUACACCCCAUAUCCAUGUAACACGUAUGGAAUUCAGCUGGGAUUGGAACAAUGUUACAAAAUAAUGAACUACAGUUUAGGUGAAAAGUGACUUUAUUUCUAACACACAUUCCUUGGCUUGAUUGGAUGAAGUGUUACUAAACAUGGCAAGAAUCGCUGCCGGUUGUUUGAUUAAAAAAUAACUAACUAUUAUAAACAGCUUUACGCACUGAGAGGACUAAAGUAGUUAAAAAACAAAAAGUAUAAUCUAUUUGACAACUUUCAUUGUGGAACAUUUGACAGUGUUGUGAUAGACAAAGAAAAACAUUGGCAGUAUUUUGUCUACUGCCAUUAAAACACUUACAAUAGACUAGUUUUUGAAGUUUGCACCUUUUCUUUUCAUGUUAACAGAGUAACAGAAAUUAGAUAUGUGAGAUUGGAAAACUAUAUAUAU